CCAAAUUGAAACUCGAAUACUGUCAGUUUAUAAGUUUUUAUAUAUUAUAUGUUCAUGAAAAUGUGUAUAUAAAGAGGUAAAUUUAGACAAACCAAAAGCAGCAGCAGCUGAAACCAACCUUCUUCUGAAGGUCAACCAGAAAGAUGGACAAGAAAAACAGGAAACCCACUGAUAUUCCACUUAUGGGGCCUUCAUUUCGUUCUCGUUCUCAUCUUACUAUCUCGAUCUCCGUAUCCAUUGUUCUUUCUUUGUUUCUCAUUAGUUUCAUUGCAGGAGCUGAGGCUCGCAAGCGCUACUCCUGUGUAUCUUCUAUAGUUACCGAAAGUGUGUACAAAUCAAUCUUUCUACACAAAGAUGACGCUGCUUGUCCUGCCAAGGAUUUCUACCCAUACCAAUCGUUCAUUCAAGCGGCAUCACGUUUCCCUAAAUUUGGUAACUCUGGAAGUUUAACUUCACGUAAGCGUGAAAUUGCAGCUUUUCUUGCUCAAAUUUCUCAUGAAACCACAGGAGGAUGGGCAACAGCACCAGAUGGGCCAUAUGCAUGGGGAUUGUGUUUUAAAGAAGAAGUGAGCCCAGGAAGUGAUUACUGUGAUUCUACCAACACGCAAUGGCCUUGCGUUCCUGGAAAAUCUUACAAAGGCAGAGGUCCUAUUCAGCUCUCAUGGAAUUAUAACUACGGACAGGCGGGGAGAGCAUUGGGAUUCGAUGGUCUAGGAAACCCAGAUAUCGUAUCAAACAACUCAUUACUUGCAUUCGAAACUGGUUUGUGGUUUUGGAUGACUGAACAGUUACCUAAGCCUUCAUGCCAUGAUGUGAUGAUUGGGAAAUAUAGACUCACAAAAGCUGACCGUGAGGCGAAUAGGACAGUUGGUUACGGGAUGGUAACAAACAUAAUCAACGGUGGACUCGAGUGUGGUAGGGGGGGUGAUGGUCGAAUCAGUGACCGAGUUGGGUAUUUCCAGAGAUAUGCAAAGCUGUUCAAUGUCGAUACCGGACCUAACUUAGAUUGUGAGAAUCAGAAAUCAUUUUAAUUGAAGGGCCAUUUCAAACUAGCCCUCCUUUUUUUCUUUUUUUAAAAUAUGGAGCGUGGCUUGACUAUCCCUCUAUCGUUUUUUUUUUUCUCUUUUUUCUUUUGAUUGAAACUAUCUCUGUAUCGUAUUGUAAAUCUUCUUGUUUGUAUUAAUUUGGAAACAUUUGAAUAAGAAACAAACUCCCUUUCCAAAUA